GGGCGGGGCCCCGCGCUGACGUUGCCGGGAUGCAGGAAGGUUCCACCGCCUCUUUGGCCGCCUGCGCCUCUGCUGCUAUUAGGGUUUGUAUGAAAACACCGGUGACGGGCGUUGCGGGACCCGCUGGGAGCUCAGACUGCGGCCGCCGGUGUUGCCCGCGCGGAGCCGGCACCCGCCGGACCGGCGCCCCUCCGAAGCCGUAAAAAUGACUGUGAAAGGGGAAGAUUUUGAAGUGAAUCAGGACAUUGAAGCAGCUACAACAGCAUAAUACACACAUGAAAGAGGACUGCCAGAACUGCUUCAGAAAGAAUGAGAGAUUAUCUGCAAUGGUGAAAUGAAGUAACUCAAGAUGAGCAAGUUAAAAGUGAUACCAGAGAAAAGUGUUACCAAUAAUUCUCGGAUUGUGGGACUCUUGGCUCAGCUGGAGAAGAUCAGUUCUGAAUCUGCAGAAUCAGAUACUGCUAGACAUGUUACAUCAAAAAUUCUUCAUCUGGUUCAGAGUCAAGAAAAAACUAGGAGAGAAAUGACAGUCAAAGGUUCUACAGCAGUGGAUGUUUUGCUGUCAACAUUAGAGAACACAAAAGAUCCUCAAACUACACUAAAUGUUUUAAGCAUUCUUGUUGAGCUGGUGUCAGCUGGUGGAGGUCGAAGAGCCAGUUUCUUAGUUGCCAAAGGUGGUUCACAGAUACUGUUACAAUUACUUGUGAAUGCCAGCAAAGAAUCUCCUCAACAUGAAGAGUUGAUGGUGCAGGUUCAUUCUGUUCUUGCCAAGAUUGGACCAAAAGAUAAAAAAUUUGGAGUGAAAGCUAGAGUUAACGGGGCUCUGAAUAUAACACUGAAUUUGGUCAAACAAAAUCUGCAAAAUCAUCGAUUGGUUCUACCUUGUCUUCAACUUUUACGAGUGUAUUCUUCAAACUCUGUGAAUUCAGUAACCUUAGGGAAAAAUGGAGUUGUGGAGUUGAUGUUUAAAAUCGUCGGACCAUUUAGUAAGAAGAAUUCAGGUCUUAUGAAGGUUGCUUUAGACACUCUUGCUGCAUUGCUAAAAUCAAAAACAAAUGCCAGGAGAGCUGUAGACAGAGGAUAUGUCCAGGUGCUUUUAACAAUUUAUGUAGAUUGGCACCGCCAUGAUAAUCGACAUAGAAACAUGCUUAUUCGGAAAGGAAUUUUGCAGAGCUUAAAAAGUGUUACAAACAUCAAAUUGGGAAGAAAAGCAUUUAUCAGUGCCAAUGGGAUGAAGAUUUUGUACAAUACCUCACAAGAGUGUUUGGCAGUCCGGACUCUUGAUCCUCUUGUGAAUACCUCCAGUCUGAUAAUGAGGAAAUGUUUUCCCAAAAACCGCCUGCCACUUCCAACAAUUAAAAGUUCUUUCCAUUUCCAGUUACCGGUUAUACCUGUGAGCGGACCUGUGGCCCAGCUUUACAGUUUACCCUCUGAAGUGGAUGACGUAGUAGAUGAAAGUGAUGACAACGAUGAUAUUGAUUUAGAAGCUGAAAAUGAAAUCGAAAAUGAAGAUGACUUAGAUCAAAAUUUUAAGAAUGAUGAUAUUGAAACAGAUAUUAACAAAUUAAAACCACAGCAAGUACCAGGACGAACAAUAGAUGAACUGAAAAUGUAUGAACACUUCUUCCCUGAACUUGUUGAUGAUUUUCAGGACUAUGAUUUAAUCUCCAAAGAACCGAAGCCUUUUGCAUUUGAUGGGAAAGUACGCGGCCCCAUCGUUGUUCCCACAGCUGGAGAGGAAGCGUCUGGGAGUGUGGGCAGUGUCAGAACAGGAUUGGCAAGGAAGGACAAAGUACCUCCCACCAGAGAGGCAGAGGAAGGGAAGCCGGCCUCUGUGGUUGCAGCAGGAGAAGACGUUAGAGAUAGUGAUAGACCAUUGCAGCAGCAGCUAGAUGGUCAGAACCAAACAGUUCCAUCUGCCACUGGGGUAAACAGUGACAUUGUGAAGGCUUUGGACCGAAUCACACUGCAGAAUAUUCCCACGCAGACAGCCCCAGGCUUGACUGCAGGAACAAAGAAAGACUGUGGUCUCCCACUUACUGUCCUUACAUGCACCAAAGCAUGUCCUCACAUGGCUACUUGUGGGAAUGUUCUGUUUGAGGGGCGGACAGUUCAGCUGGGGAAGUUCUGCUGUACUGGGGUUGAAACUGAAGAGGAUGAUGAUACUGAGUCUAAUUCAUCAGUUGAACAAGCAUCAGUUGAAGUACCUGAUGGACCAACACUUCAUGACUCAGACCUCUAUAUUGAGAUUGUGAAAAACACAAAGUCAGUCCCAGAAUAUUCGGAGGUGGCCUACCCUGAUUAUUUUGGUCACAUUCCACCUCCAUUCAAAGAACCUAUCCUAGAAAGGCCUUAUGGUGUACAAAGGACAAAAAUUGCCCAAGAUAUUGAGAGACUAAUACAUCAGAGUGACAUCAUAGAUCGCGUGGUAUAUGACUUAGAUAACCCAAAUUGCACCAUUCCAGAAGAAGGAGAUAUUUUGAAGUUUAACUCCAAAUUUGAAUCUGGGAAUCUGCGCAAAGUAAUUCAAAUUAGAAAAAAUGAAUAUGAUCUUAUUCUUAACUCCGAUAUAAACAGCAAUCAUUAUCAUCAGUGGUUUUACUUUGAAGUCAGUGGAAUGCGGCCAGGUGUGGCUUACAGGUUUAACAUCAUUAACUGUGAAAAGUCCAACAGUCAGUUUAAUUAUGGUAUGCAACCACUCAUGUAUUCAGUUCAGGAAGCAUUAAAUGCCAGACCAUGGUGGAUUCGUAUGGGAACUGACAUUUGUUACUAUAAAAAUCACUUCUCAAGAAGUUCAGCUGCUGCAGGUGGACAAAAGGGAAAAUCUUACUACACCAUUACUUUCACUGUAAAUUUUCCACAUAAAGAUGAUGUUUGCUACUUUGCUUAUCACUAUCCAUAUACAUAUUCAACUUUACAGAUGCAUCUUCAAAAAUUGGAAUCUGCACACAAUCCUCAGCAAAUCUAUUUUCGAAAAGAUGUGUUAUGCGAAACCUUGUCUGGAAAUAGCUGUCCCUUGGUGACUAUAACGGCAAUGCCAGAGUCUAAUUAUUAUGAACAUAUCUGUCAAUUCAGAAAUCGCCCUUAUGUUUUCUUAUCUGCUCGGGUACAUCCUGGAGAAACCAAUGCAAGUUGGGUUAUGAAAGGAACAUUGGAAUAUCUCAUGAGUAAUAACCCUACUGCUCAGAGCUUACGGGAGUCCUAUAUAUUUAAAAUUGUCCCUAUGCUAAAUCCAGAUGGUGUCAUCAAUGGAAAUCAUCGCUGUUCUUUAAGUGGGGAGGAUUUGAACAGACAGUGGCAAAGUCCAAAUCCAGAUUUACAUCCUACUAUUUACCAUGCAAAGGGGCUGCUACAGUACCUGGCUGCAGUGAAGCGUUUACCUCUGGUUUAUUGUGAUUACCAUGGCCAUUCCCGAAAGAAGAAUGUGUUCAUGUAUGGCUGCAGUAUCAAGGAGACAGUGUGGCAUACCAGUGACAGCGCAACUUCCUGUGAUGUCAUGGAAGAUACGGGAUACAGGACCUUGCCAAAAAUACUGAGCCAUAUUGCUCCAGCAUUUUGUAUGAGCAGCUGUAGCUUUGUGGUAGAAAAAUCUAAAGAGUCCACGGCGCGGGUUGUGGUGUGGCGGGAGAUUGGUGUGCAGAGGAGUUACACCAUGGAGAGCACGCUGUGUGGCUGUGACCAAGGAAAAUACAAGGGGCUACAGAUUGGUACUCGAGAAUUAGAAGAGAUGGGAGCAAAAUUUUGUGUUGGUCUAUUGCGUUUGAAAAGACUGACAUCUCCAUUGGAGUAUAACCUGCCCUCCAGCCUGCUUGACUUUGAAAAUGACUUAAUUGAAUCAGGCUGCAAAGUAACUAGAUGUGUACAGUGGCGCAUCUCUGUAAUUCCAACUACCUGGGCAACUGCAGCAGAAGGAUCACAAGUUCAAGACCAGUCUGGGCAACUUGGCGAGACCCUGUCUCAAAACAGUAAAAACCGAUGGGGAAGUAGCACAGUGAUGGAGCUUUUGUCUAAGAAAGCCCAAGCCUCUGGAGUUCAGUCUUCAGUACUUCAAAAAGGAAAAAGGACAAAGAGGGGGAAAAAAUGAACAUUUCUACUAUCUUCAUUUUUCUUGUACUUCUGUUCCCAUUUGGGAAUUUUUCUUUCACCUGAAUAUAUCCCUUUCAUUUUUUUAUGCAUAUCUGCUGGCAAUAAAUUAUUUCAUUAUUUUUGUUCAUUUGGAAAUUUACAUUUUUUAAAUUUCACUUUUGAGGACUGUGUUUCCAGUAGAGAAAUUUAGGUUCUUGUUAUUCCUUUAGCACUUUAAAGACAUCACUGUAUUAAAUUUGGAUUACUGUUUUUUUUUAUUGAGUUGUGUUAAAUUUUUGGUUCCUGGAAAAGGGUAUGUCUUCUCUGGGUUCCUUUGGAUUUUCUUGUUUCUGGUUUUUAGCAAUUUUGCUGUAAGUCCUGAGGAUUGGUUUUCUUUGUUUAUUCUACUUGAGAUUUGUAGCCACUCCUAUGUCUUUUAACUCUAAUCUUCCAUUGUUUGGGGGAAAUCUCCAGAUAUUAGCUUUUUAAAUAUCACUUCUGCCAUGUUGCUUUCUCUUCUGCAUGAUUAAUUUACAUGGGUUUUUUAUUUUAAGUCUUUGAUUCCUUUUACUCUCUUUGCUAAAUUUUCUAAAAUUUUCUGCUGACCUGCCUCAUGAAUUCUUUUUACCUCUUUCCUAAAGAUAGUUUUAGGCCUGUCUUUGUCAUUUCAGCUAUAUGUUUUCUGGUUGUAGACUUUCCAAGUGACUAUUUUUUUAAAAGAAAAAGUAAAUGAUGAAAUUCUUCAUCUAUCAUCUCUUUUCUUGACAUAUUAAUCAUCAUUAUUUGAAAGAUCAUAUCUGAUAGCCCCUACUCUUGAUCACCUGUGGAGCUGUUUCUGUUGGAUUCUUCUCCUGAAUCUGUCCCUUGAUGUGCGUGGUGACAUGUGCUCAGAUGCCAGUCACUGCGUAAAGCUUAAGAAUUGUAGAUACCUUCCCUUCCUUCCUCCCUUCCUUUUUCCCUUUCUUCCUCCCUCCCUGUCCUCUCUCCCUCCCUCCUUCCCUCUCUCCCUACUUCUCUCUCUCCCUACUUCUUUCCCUCCCUCCCUUUUGUCCUUUUGAGGCGACUCAUCUGUCCUCUGGUAGGUGCUUACAGAAGGGCUGCAUGCCCCCAUGCACUGACCAGCAGAUCGGGCUUGAGGUAAGGUUGUAAAAUGUAUGAACUGUUAACCUUUGGUUUCCCCUCCCUGCUUUCUAGGCUGCAGCCCUCCAGAGGUUGCAGUUAAUGAGUGACCUACAAGAGUGGCAAAACAUUUGUGUGGCUUAUUUAUUUUCUGUUUUGUUUGUUUUGCUGCUGUCUGGUUUAUGAUGCUUUUGUCCUCUUGUACUAUGCAGUGUAAGAAUUUGUCACGUGUUUCUGAGAAAAAUGGUUGAAUGUUGCGGUCAUCUCUCUGCAACUCCCUUCUUUCAGGACACUUGGCAGCUCUGAACUCCAAUUUUUGCCUGCAGCCCUUUGAAACUGCUGAAACCUCUGAUGACUUCCCUGCCUCUAGCAGCUGCCCUUGCUUGGCCUUGAUUUACCCUGGACUUUGCCCCAUGCACCUUUUCUCUUUGAUGACUUUGCUUUGUAUCCUUUCACUAUGAGAAGUCAUAAAUUGAAUGCUACUAUGUGUGUGCUGAGUCUUCCCAGCCAAUUGCUAAUUGUGGGCCAGUCUUUGGACCUCUGAUAAACAUGGGCUUUCUGAAUUUCUGCCAGAUUUGAUUACAUCAGAGACUCUAGUCCCCUGAGAAUGAUCAGAGACAGAUGGUGAUGUGUUGUGAUCUUUUUAUAUAUGGGUGUAACUGAGGUUCAGAGUAAUGAAUUUUACUCUGGGUCAUCUAUCUAGUAAUUCCUGACAGAUCCAGGAAUUGGAACCAUAUCUAGCUCUAUGAUUCCUUAUUUUUUCAUUAUUUCUUAUAUUCUCUGAAUGUGUAAUCAAAAUUACUAAAAUGUACUGAAUUCAGUUUUGGAAACUUGUCCAUUAUUAAGUUAACCUUUGAACACUGUCGUUUUGUGUGAGGAAUGUUUUUAGAUCAAUAGCAAAAGUAAGUUGGAGUUUAGUGACUUAAUUACUAUUUUAUGGAGACACUUUGCCGUUUUUUCAAUAAAAAUGUUAAUGAGCAAAUUUCCCUUUUCAAAGUAGACAAAUUUUCUUUAUUAGAUGUUAUAUACAAAUUAGCUCUUUGUGUGUGUUCAUGUAUGCAUAUAUGCAUAUGUUUUGUACAACUGAUAAAAGUUACUUAUGUUUUCUAUGGAUAGUUUUAUUUACUUUGUGAUAUAUAGAUGUGUUUAUCUCAUAAGAUAGACAUCAAACUAUAAAAAUAAGAAUAUUCUUUAGUAUUUGUGCAAAUAGAUUUUCUUUCACUGUAGACCUAACAUUUCAAUACAAGAAAUCCAGAUGCAAUCAGCAGUUCACAAAUUGCUGGGCAAUUUGUUCACACUCUGGGCAGUGUGCUAGUUUUCUGCUGCUGAAUCAGUUUCAGAAACUCUCCCAUGUGUUAUCCUUGUGGCACUGUCUUUUGACAGACAGCUUAUUCCCAAGGUCAUGGGAGUACAGAGGGUUCUGGGUGCAAAGGUAGGGAGAAUUUUUAAUCCUGAUGGCCUGGGAAAGACCAUUGCCUGAGCUUUUUUGGGAACUGAAAAAAUACUUUUUUCUUUAAGAAGGAGGGUUUUAUUCAUGUCGCACAAUAUUUUCUACUUGUAUAACCUAGUAGUUUAUGUGUACUUUCACCUUUACUCCCUAAUGUCAGCCGCCCGCUGACCUUGUGUGAUGGAUGGGGCUGUAUUGCUGUCCCCACCUUCCCCCAGGGCCUGAGUGCAAGUGAGAGACUGCUUGUCAGUGCCAGCAGACACAGGCACUGGGCUGGAUUCCCUCUGGCCUCCCUGAGGGCCGUGGCAGAAGACCUGUGCCCUGGACUCUCCACAGUUAAUGAGCUCUCCUAAAAGGAGGCAGCAUACAGUUGAGGGUAUAUCAAGUUUUCAGGUUCACCUUUGUGCAAUGUUUAAUACGAAGGCAGCCAGACAACUUUCUAACUCUAUAUGGCACAGACUGGUUUCUGUUUUCUUUAGAAAUAAGCUACAGGAGUUGCCCCUUCUGUAUGGCAGUGAUGUCAUCCCAUGAGAAUGCUCUUUUGACUUUGUUUUUGUUGUUAGUGUGUUUUUUUUUUUUCAGACAGGGUCUUGCUGUGCAGGUUCACUUUGAAUUCACUAUAUGGUCCAGAAUGACCUUGGACUUACAAGGAUCCUCCUUCCUCAGCCAUCCAAGUGCUGGGUUUAUAAGUGUGCACCACCACACUUGGUUUAGAAGGCUUUUUGAGUAAAGGAUUUGACAUUUUUUAUGAAGGAGCAUUUUAGAUUUGUUUUGAUCUAAAAUUCUAUUGUUUUUUAGGGUGAAAAUUCCUUAUAGGAACUGAUUUUGUUUAGUCACCUUUACUCUAAGAAUUAAAAUGUAAACUAUAAUGUUGUCACAUAUAUAAACAGGGUAGUUGAAGCAAAGCAGGGCAAAAGGAGUAAAUUUAGCUGGGCAUGGUGGUGCACGCCUGGAAUCGCAGCGCUGUGGGAGGCUGAGGCAAGAGGAUGCUAAGUUUGGGCCCAGUCUGGGCAACUUAUCAGUUUAGACCCUGUCAGUGGCAAGUAGAUAGGCAGAUAGAUGGAUGUAUAUACUUAACGUGAAAAAAAGUAGUGGCAGAGAAAAGAACAAUAAGGGAAAAAAUAAAUGCUCUUUAUGCAGUCUUUUUCUUACAGCUUUAAAGAGUUGGGUUCCUAUGUCAUACCUCUAAGCCAAGUUACCUAGAAGUUUUUGUUUUAAGUGUUUUGAAAAUCAAAUUAAGUAAUGUAUAUGAAAGCAAUUCUUACAUUGUUAACUGUUAGAAAUGUUGGAAUUAUUAAUAAAAGAAGAAAUGAAUUAA